AUGGUCGCAGACGAUACCACCUCUCAAUUGCGAAGGCGAGGUCAUGACGAUGGCAACAGCCCAGGACCUGACGGCUCGCCAUCCCGAGAAGGAUUAAAGAAGACCGAUACAGUCCGCACCAUCGGGUUCCUCAAGCUUCGCGGAAAGACAGACGACCUGCCUCAGAACUGGUGGUUCGCAUCGACGGCCGUGCCAUUACUGGCUGCCACACAGGGCCCUCUGUCCAAUGUACUGUCUAUAGCCGCGCUGGUCACCGCCUGGCGACUCGAGCUGCCAAACAACGGGCAGUUACCCGAAGGCGCCGAUGAUAACGGAAUUCCCUUGAAGGACCCGGGAUGGGAGCUUGCCCUCAACGGCGUAUCUCUCGCCUGCGGCUUCGCUGGCAACCUGCUUCUGCUGCUCCAUUUCGUUGGGAGAGUCCGCUACAUCGUGGCAUUGCCGCUUUCCAUCAUCUUCUGGCUGCUGGCAUCUGGCAUCCUCAUCGCCGUCACCACUAGUGGGUUCUGGCACGCGGUGCUCGCUUCCAUUACUUACAUGUUCGGCGCUGUGAUGUUGAUAGCUAAUCUACUGGGAUAUCUCCUCGGACACUAUCCGCAGAACUUCGUGUUGGACGACGAUCAGCGGACCCUGAUUCUUCAGACCUUGUCGUUCUUUGCAUGGCUAGCCGGCGGAGCGGCUAUUUUCAGUUCCCUCGAAGGCUGGAGUUUUGCUAAUGCAUUGUAUUACUGUGAUGUCUCCGUUCUCACCAUUGGUUAUGGAGACCUUGCCCCCACGACAGAUGCGGCACGAGGUUUCUUCUUCGUCUACGAAUUGGUCGGCAUUACUCAAUUGGGUCUUGUCAUUAGUCGCCUCUCGAAGUACAUGUCGAGUAUCUCGGCGGACAAAGUCAUCAGGAAGCACCAAGCACGCGCCAGGGAGAACACCAUAGAUCGAACAGUCACGAGCGAGAAGGAGCUCAGAGAGCGUCUCGGUCUCCCCCAGCAGCGAAAGUCGUCUGUCGGUAAUCAGAUGGCUCGGCGUAACAGCCUUGCUCAGUAUGGCCAGUUCCAACUUAUUGGCGACACUGUGACGUUCCGAAAGGGCAAGAGCCAUAGGGAUACUCGUGGUCGACAUAAAAGGCCGUUAGCCCUUCACAAGAAAGUGUCGAGUCGGGCCUUAAGACAGGUCACCCACCACCUGAAACUAGAUCGUAAGAACCGAAUACUUGUGCUCAAAGAGGAGCAAGACCGCUUCAACGCCAUGCGGAAUAUCCAGGAUGAGACCAAGCGGUUUAAGCAAUACUACACGCUGGUAAUGGCGGUGUUUGCUUUCGCGCUGCUGUGGUGCGUGGGCGCCUUGGUGUUCAUGUGGUCAGAAGCGCGUAUGCAGGAUCUGAGCUACUUCGACAGCUUCUACUUCUGCUUCGUGACCCUUCUGACUGUCGGCUACGGCGAUGUGAGCCCAAAGUCCAACGUCGGCAAGCCGUUCUUCAUUGUAUGGUCGCUUAUCGCUGUGCCGAGUCUGACGGUCCUCAUCCAGGCAAUGUCAGAUACCGUCGUCGCCGGUGUCAAUCGGGCCACAAACGUUCUUCUGCCCGAAAAGGGCUUUCUCAAAGCCUUUAUCGAGUCGCACCAGAAUCACUGGAUCACCCGCCUCCUCGAGCGUCGUCAGGAACAACGCCGUGUGGAUGCCGGCUUCCAGGUCCAAGAUCCGGAUGAAGCCGGUGCUGCAGACUCGGGCAACCUCGAGAACGCCAACAUGGAAGUUCCCAAAAGGGACACGAGUACUACUCCGACAUCUAGGGCUGGAGAAGACAACGUGGAUGAACACAAUCUUGCCCGACAGCUCGCCACGGCUAUCCGCACCGUCGCCCGCGACCUGCAAGCCGACCCGCCAAAGCGGUACAGCUACGAGGAGUGGGCGCACUUCACGAAACUCAUCCGGUUCAGUUCAGGGGCCGGAAAAGACGCCGUCGAGGCGCGAGAGGAGGAAGAAGGUCUCGUCGAGUGGGACUGGAUAGGGGAGGACAGCCCUCUGCUGUCCGACUCUACCGAGUCGGAAUGGGUCCUCGACCGGCUCUGCGAGAGUCUGAAUAGGUAUACGAGGUGGAAUAGUCGGCGGCAUGGCAAGGGCCAUCGCCAUGUACCGACUGAUACGCAUCCUGCGGCCAUUGAUGAGACGGUGAAUGAGUCAAAUUUCAACGAGAAGGCGUCCUAUGCAGAGGAGCACAGACAAUGA